UUCCAGGAUACUGAGAUCAUCAACACUGCAAUACUGACAGGAAGAACAGUGGCCAUUCCUCUAAAGGUUGUUGCUGUGGAAAUGAAUGGCAUCAUCACAGAUGUGUCACCCUUUGUUGAGUGCAGAUCAACUAAUGAGGAUAUUAUUAAGGUCUCCAAAGGCUGCGAUUAUGUGUUCGUCAGUGGCAAGGAAUCUCAAGGCUCAAUGAAUGCCCGGAUUAUUUUUAACUAUGAACACUUGAGUGCCCCGCUGGAACUGACAGUUUGGGUACCAAAACUUCCUCUGCAGAUUGAAUUGUCAGAUGGCAAACUGAGUCAAGUGAAAGGCUGGCGGGUGCCAAUCCUCCCUGACAGAAGGCCCACCCGUGACAGUGAGGAUGAAGAUGAGGAAGAGCGAAGCAAAACACGAGGCUGCACUCUGCAGUACCAACACGCAUUAGUACGAGUGUUCACACAAUUCCACACAACUUCCUCAGAGGGUACCGACCAGGUGAUCACCAUGUUAGGACCUGACUGGUCAGUGGAUGUCACUGAUCUAGUUAGUGACUUCAUGAGAGUGGCAGACACAAGAAUCGCACAGAUCAUGGAGGGCAAUGUGCUGGGUGGACGUGAACCUGGAACAACUAUGUUCAAGGUAGUCUCCCCACUGAUGGAGGUUGUACUAGGGGAAGUGCCAUUGAUUGUUGCUGAUGAUAAAGUCACCAUCACUGACCUUCGAGCAGAACUUGUCUCUGGUCUGUCAUUGAGCCUCGAAUCUAAUCCUGGAACCAGUCACACCUUCAUCGCCAAGACAAUGGCCCGUCAGCACCUUCAAACUCUCAAACAGGAAGGUAUCCUGAGCACAUGGAUUUUCUACAGUGACAAUACAGCAGUACCACUGACUCUCUAUGAUGUUAAAGACUACAACCUGACAGUUACCACACUGAAUGAUAAAGUAGUCUCUUCCACCCAGGAUUCUGUCUGGUCUCUGAUAAUAGCGGAAGGUGAAGGGUCAGGUGAAUUUAUCAAAGUGGAACUGGGGAUCUGUGAACCGUGUAAAAAGACCAACCGCAAGAGCUUGUUAUUUGUAACACUGGUCAAUGUGAAGGUUCACUUUGGUUCUGAUGAUGACUCAGAAGAAGACCUAGAAAACAUUGGUGAGGAUUAUGCACCUGAUGGAGUUAGAUUUGAAGGCAACCCAUUUGGACAUAAACCGAAAGAGAAGGAUCAAUUUGACUUCAAGCCAGAUACUUCAACUGGUGACCAUGAGGAAAGUGUUAUACGAAAGGUUAGCACAACAGUAAAGUCAGCUGUGGAAGAAAGGACUGACUCAAGGGUGGAACCAGGCAGGGGCACUGAUGGCAUGCAGGAUAGUGAAGUGCAUUUUGAUAACACAAGGGUGUCCAGCAUGCCUCUUGAUAUUGAUAUUACAGAUCUGCCAAAGGAUCUUGCAGAUCCUGAUGAUGAAUAUGCCCCCACACCAAGGGGUCUGACUGAUUUGGAAAUUGGAAUGUAUGCACUAUUAGGGGUCUUCUGCCUCGCCAUUUUGGUUUUCCUAAUAAACUGCAUUGUCUUUGUUCUCAAGUACAGGCACAAACGUAUUCCCCCAGAGGGCCAAGCAAGCAUGGACCAUUCACAUCACUGGGUGUUUCUAGGCAAUGGCCAACCCCUUCGUACCCAGACUGACCUUUCACCCCAGCCUGAAAGUCCUGGCAACCCCUUAGAAAACAUCCAGACCUGCUGCCACAGUGAUCAUCAGAGUAGUGGCAGCUCACAGACAAGUGUGCAAAGUCAAGUUCAUAGCAGAGCAGAUGGUUCAUCCGGGGGCUCAGUAAGGGAGCACAGCGAGGAUCCAUUGCAUUCACCCACCUCCAAACGCAAAAGAGUCAAGUUUACCACUUUCACCACACUGCCAUCAGAGGAGCUUGGCCUGGCCUACAAUUGCAUCCCUAUAGCCGAUGAGGAAGACAUUGAGUGGGUCUGCCAGGAUAUGGGGCUCAGAGACCCAGAGGAACUACACAGCUAUAUUCAGAGAAUAAAGGAGAUUGCCUAGACUGCUGCUGCUUUUUCUUUGGUGCAUUUAUAUUUACCAGAAGUUUGUCACAUGUACAGUUUUUGUUUGACCCACAGUAGGAGGCUGCAAUGCGUGGAGAUCCACUGAACAGAAAAGCACUAUAACGUAAUGCUUGUGGUCAAUUGGCCACUGAUAAGGCUGCAUUAAACAUAUGUAUUUGCAGUGAGAAGCUGAUCAAACACUUUGAAAAGGUUAUACUCUACUGGAAAUUAUAUUAACAAAUUUCAGUUUACGGGAAGCAAAAUCUCUUAUUGAUAUAAAAAUGACUAAUAUAGCACAGAAACAUACUGCUCACAGUUAGUGAAAGAAAGUAUGCUGGGACUGCUUUGUGUAGGUGACAGUAAAAUGAGACAGCAUCAGCAUCACAUGUGAAAAUGCUUAUUUUCAACUUAGACUCCAAUAGUCUGCAAACUGCAGCAAAUCACAUGCAACGCAGUCAUGGAUUGAUUUAAGAGAUGCAAAACAAAACUUGCAGCUAAUAGAUUUGAAAGAACAGAUGUGAUAAACCUGUAACAAGUAGAUUGACCUCUGAAUCAAGCUGAUUGCUUCAAACAAAACUGGUAGUGAAACUAAAUGGCAAAUAUUGAACUUCAAAUUUCAUUCACAAUUUGAGUCCAUGGUCAGCUCUGUACCUUGAUGACGUCUGUUCCAUUCAAGUUUAGAUUCCAUUUUAUUUGCAGUUAUGGAAACUGUUGAAGCAAGUGAAAGGCACAGAUUGCAAUAACUGCUGGUUGGAGGAAAGCUAAUACAUUAGUGAUUAAUCAAAGCGAUGAAAAGGAUAGGUUUCUCUGUUUGUGGAAAACAAAUAGUGUUAUAAAGCUCUCCGUGAACUGUGACAGCACGAAUCUAUGAACAGUAUAUUUCAUCAUUGGCCUCAUUACAUAUUCAUUUUAAUUUAAUAUGCAUACUUACAGUGCAAUUUAUUGGAAAUGCAGGAGCAGAAAUAUUCAUAUGUACAAGCUUUCUUAAUCCACCACAGUAGGAAUCAAUUGUAAUACAAAAUUUUUAAUUUGCAGCAACUGGGAACCUGUAAUUUUAUCUGAAAAACAUUAAUAACAAGGACAGUCUAAAAAUUAAGAGUUCCGGAAGGAAUCUUCAUAUCUGGUUUGGUAAACAAAGAACUGCAUCAAAUCAGCAUGAGGCACAGACAGAAAAUAAGCCCCAAAUACCAUUGUAAAUAACAAUUGAAGGAGAAUUUGGCUCAAAUUGAUCAUUAAACCUUGAGGUGUGUAUGUUGCUUGUGGUGCUGAACAGCUCUUAAAGUAACGAACCUGGAGACACCAGUGUGAGCUGUAGGCCAAUAGAAUGUGUUGACUAAUCCACUAGGUCUCAUGAAAAAUGGGAAUGUAUUGAAAGAGGAUUAUCAAGAUUUGAUAGAUUAAUGACAGAGUAAAACAUCUUUGCUGUGCAUAUAUUAAUUGCUAAAUCCCCUGAAAUGUGGUGUGAGCAACUAUUUAGCAGGAGUCUAAACAACUAAAAAUGCCCUAUAGUGGGGAUGAAUUAGGUUUAUUUCAUGCUUAUGAUUUAUUUAUAUUUCUAUACCAUUAAACAAAACUUCCACACA